AGAAUGUGACUGUGAUACGAUUUCAACAUUUACCGGUACACCUUUCAUGGAAAUGGCAGGCCAAAAAAUCUUUUUAGCCGCCUUUUCAUUCGCGGUCGGCUUCUUGACGCAAACAUUUGCUGUUUCCCCACCUCCACCGGCAUCCAUGAUCAUCUUGGAUGACGUCGUUUGCGAAUUGAAUACCACGGCAUUAUUCGUUUACCCGUCAACUAAAAAGAUCCAGGACUACUGCAUGAACCGCACUUUUUCUGUGGUCCUGAGAGGUACUCCAUUCGCACCAGAAGCAAUUGACAGCAUGUACAAACUGAAGGUGAUAGUGGAAGAUUUCACAGUUAAGCCUGCUGUAAGAAGAGCCGUUGUUGAAGCAAAUUCAUUAUCAGGCAACAACAUCGUCAGCAGGAAUGACUCAGGAACCCGCACCUGGAUUUACACAGUCCCCGAGGCCACAUUACCAACGGAGCUCAAUUGCACCAUGGCCCUGAUCCACGUGGUGCUCGAGUAUGGGACAACGACAUCUUCUCUGGACUCUUUAACCAGCGAUCAGCUACUUCAUCCACAUGUCGCCUUGGUCAGCCGAAUGAACCAAACUUCAGGGAAAUCACUGAGUUGGUGGAUGGAGAACAUUGCUUCUCAAUCAGCUGCUUACAUGAGCAACAUGACCGACGACAACAGCUCUGAAGAAGACAAUGAUGAUGAUGAUGAUGAGUUCCAACGUGUCAAACGAGAAGCCAUGCCAGACUUUCCAUCUCCACCAACACCCGGAAGCAAUGACACCUUCAACAGAAACUCAGAACUGGGCGAACUCACGUUCAACCACACUCGCGGAUUCGAAAAUGGAACUUUGCGGCACAGCCGCGAAAAUUUUUCGCAGAAUGACACAAGCAGCAUUCGGAACCUGUUACCUGGGGGCAACAUGAGUAAUAAUGGCACAGGUGGUCAAGGACAUGAGCAAAGACCACCAGGUCGUGGCGAUAAAAGACCUCCACCUGGUUCUGAAAAAGGCAAUGAAAGUCGUCACUUCAACAGCAGCCGACUCGAAAGACUCGGCAACGAAUCAACAUCCCUCAAUAACGACACUGAACGAAGGAUGAAUCAAUUGCGAUUCGACAAAAAUAACAAUGACACAUUCCUCAACUCCUCUCGAGCAAAUAAGCACUGGAAUGAAACCUGGCUGAAUAACAGCAGCUCACCACAACACCGAUCAUCAGAAAGGAACGAAUCUAGCAUGAUGAUGGGGAAUGGGGGUAAAAAAUCUGGUGGGAACUCAUCGCGAAUGGGCAAUGAAUCGUUUUCGCAGCAGUCAGGAGGCAAUAAAACCGGGAAACCCGAACAACGCAAACCCCAACAGAAGGGAUCACAGAACCCGGUUCAGGCGGGUUCUGGUGCUGGAGGUCGAGGAUCUCAGGGUAAACGUAGACCCUUACGAGCUGUUGGCGGAGGCGGUCCUCCACUGUCUCUGGUUCCCGCUGUAGAAGGCUCUGGAGGAGUUUUCCCCUGCAAUGAAACAAACCGGAAUCAUUCGCACAAUCAUACUCGUGAGGGACUCGGCUAUUUUUGCAAUUCGACCGUCGAGAAUUGCACUUUGCGACACCAUCAGUGGUGCAACGAAACAUCUGGCAACUGCACUUUCAAACCACAUCACAAUGAAACCCGUGGCUGCGAUUCAUCCACCAAUGGCAACUGCACCAAGGGUCAGGGUGGACCAUCGGGUAAACCCGGUGGUGGCGGUGGUGUGAACAUAACAAAUUUCGGCCCUUCGCCCGUCGACUUGCGGAACCUUCACGCUCCGAAAGUUCGUGUUUUUCUGCGUCGGUUGAUGAACGAAAUGGGCAAUACAUCAGGUAGCUUGCCUGGCUUGAAUGUCAAGGACGGAGACAUUCUCAUCGACGCCAACACAACAAGGCUGUUGAAUGGCGUAUCAACCAAUCUGCGAGUUAAUGAGUCCAGGAUUCUGAAUCUCACUGGAAUCAUUCUGCCGAAAUUCGCAUGUGGUCCACUGCUAUUAGUAGUGGAAAUCCAACUUUUGGUCGAUGGGGACUUCACUAAUAAUGUCGUCAAAUACCCAUUCUUCGUGGAUUGCUCCACGUUUUCUCCGGGCAACGAAAGUAAUAUUAAUGGCAUGUAUGGCAACGGAAGUAGACAAGGAAUAAUGCAGGAACCCAUGAUGAGGCCAGGAACCCGAUGUUUGCCAAUUCAGGGCGAAAUUGAUCAAAUGACUUCGAAACCUGCUCCACUUUAUGUGAAAUCUGGGGAUGGGCCUCGUGGCAAAACAACAGCCAUCAGUUUUGAGCCUGAAAUCGGAUCCACUGGAUUUCGGGUAUUGGAUCCCAAUGACUGGGAAAAUCAAAAGCUCAUUCAACACCACGCAGCUGUUCAAUCGUUUGCGUCUGUGUUGUCCAACGCAGGAAUAGUGGCCUCUUUUUCCAUGCAAACCUCGCGUUUCUCCGAAUUUGGAAUCUACAAAAAUCUGCUCUCUCUUUUUUGUCCACCCUCGCAAAUGAAGUUCUCUCAAGAAAUUCGGACAAUUCUCGAUUCCGAAAGCAAUUACACAUCUGGGUUCGCCAAAUUCUUCACCCUGUCCCAAGACAGAGUCUGUCCAGGCAGACUCCCAGCCCUGGACACAUUCAUGCGUUCCGUUGUACUGGGAGCAAUCCAGAGCGACGGUAAAGACGAACCCAACCCGACGGGUUCUUCUUCUUCUUCACCGUCCACUAGUCCUGGGUUACGGAACGCCUUGCAAGAUGUCGCUCAAGCGUUCGAACAAAUUGCAUUCGGAGGGUCCAAUGCGACCAACUGUGUAGUUGCGUCAAAGGAUCUGGACCAAUUGAGAUCAAUAGCCAUCAGGGCAAGGAAUGGAAAUGCCCCCAUGAUCCUGAGUGCAUAUUUCACGUUUAUCACAGGGCUCACUUCUUAUGUUGAAGGUGGCAGAGCAAAGGCAAUGACGAACGAAGAUUUCGAAGCGCUGGUUUUCCUGAGUUUCGGUAUCGAACUUGGAAUCGGAGGCACCAAUGACACAAACACGGAGAUUCUGUCACGAAUAGCCUCGGACACAAAGGUCAUCACUGCUGCAAAGAACAUCAUGCAUUUGCUCUGGUGGAUGCGACACGACUGGCAGUUCAUAGCCCACGGAGAAAGAGACGGCAACACUACUUCAUCCAGGAUGACGAAAGAUGGUAACAACCCGUUCGAGUCAUUCGGGAACGAUACAACACAAAAUGGCACCUCGAAACAAAAUAGAGAACAGCAGUGGGCCAGUGACAGAGCUUCGGAGGUCUGUUACCAAAAGGCUCAGCUGUUGCAUCAGCUGCUCAGGUCCGGAAGGACCCGGAAUUUCAGGUCCAAGUUGCAGUGGAAAUCCGACAAAGGAAACAUUUUUGGAGGGAGCUACUCGACCCUCAUGAGCGAUGUUUUCUGGGUGCCUUUGCUGACCUGCGAUUGUUCCUCUUCAAGGCACGCUUGUGCUGGACAAGGAACUGGUUGCAAAAAUGGUCAACCCGGCAGCAGAACGGGUGAAGAUAGUUGGAAGAGAAACCAGUCGAAUGGAGAGCAACCAGGAUCUGGGGACAAUCAAAGCAAUUCGACAGGGGUCCCUGGCGUUGAUUUCCAGCCUGGGUCAAACUACCCCGGAAUGGAUUUCACUUUCUAAAUUAGUUGGGGGCUUAAAGAACUGUAUAAGUUUCGAAGUUCGAAAUGGUAAGCUAAUGAAUGCCGCAUUGACAUGCUCCGCGGAAUAGAUAAUUGUCUUGUAUAGUACGAAGUCGGAAACGUCACACAUGUACAUAUAGAUGAUGAUGCAGUUCAGCACGAUUAUUUUUAUUUUUAAUUAUCGGAGUAUGAGAUAAUUUUGCGAAUAUCGUAUACGACUUCAAUGUCAGAGUUUCGGUGUAUUUGAGCCAUGUAUAACCGGAGGAAAUGAAAUUGACAUUCCUUGUCGGUUAUUUUGUUAAUAUGCAACAUUACCCUUUUGUUUUUCGUUUUUGUUUUUCUUUUAAAAUGUUCGGGUACCG